UGGGGUAAUACGCAUCCAAUCAAAAUGAUUGACGCUUCUCGCGUGCUCCACAUCAAGUUGAAAGCUUCAAGCGGUCACUUCCAGUUUCACCAGCCUCUUGUCAUAAUGAUGCUGCGUCGCGCCGCCCCCGCUUCCCGCCGCCUCUUCAGCACGAGCGUGGCUGAUACCGACGUGGUGAUCGCCAGCUACGCUCGCACACCAAUCGCGUGUUUCAACGGAUCCUUUUCUCCACUACAGGCGCCGGAGCUAGGCGCCAUCGCUAACGCGGAGGCUGUCAAGCGCGCAAACCUCGAGCCUGCGCAGAUCCAGGAGGCGUUUUUAGGCAACGUGGUGAGCGCCGGUAUCGGCCAGGCCCCGGCACGUCAGUCCGUGCUCAAGGCUGGCUUCCCCAACUUCAUCCCAUGCACUACCAUCAAUAAAGUAUGCGCAUCUGGCAUGAAGUCUGUGGCAAUCGGUGCGCAGAGCCUCAUGAGCGGCAGUCAGCAGAUCGUAUUGGCAGGUGGUUUCGAGAGCAUGACUAACGUGCCUCACUAUCUGCCUAAGGCCCGUGCGGGCUACCGUCUGGGCAACGGCACGCUCGUGGACGGCGUGAUCCACGACGGAUUGUGGGAUCCGUACAACAACCAGCACAUGGGUAUGUGCGGCGAGAAGUGCGCUGAAACGUUUGAUUUCUCUCGCGACGACCAGGAUGCCUACGCCAUUGAGAGCUACCGUCGUGCUGUGGACGCCAGUAACAGAGGCUUCUUCAAGACGGAGAUCACGCCCGUGACAGUCAAGGGACGUGGCGGCAAAUCCAAAGUCUUUGACACGGACGAGGAAAUGUUCAACACGAAGCCCGAGAAGAUCCCGAGUCUGCGCACUGCGUUCAAGAAGGACGGUACCAUUACUGCAGCCAACGCAUCGACACUGAAUGACGGUGCGGCAGCUAUGGUGCUUAUGACCGGAGCUAAGGCUCGCGAACUGGGAGUCACGCCUCUGGCACGUAUCCGCGGCUUUGCUGACGCUGCACAGGACCCUGUGGAGUUCACUAUUGCCCCAUCCAAGGCCGUUCCGCUGGCUCUACACCACGCUGGACUCCAGAUGAGCGACGUGGACUACCACGAGAUCAACGAGGCUUUCUCGGUCGUGGCGCUGGCCAACAUGCGUCUCAUGAACAUUCCGCACGACCGCGUCAACGUGAACGGUGGCGCCGUCGCUAUCGGCCACCCCAUCGGCAUGUCUGGCACGCGUAUCGUGGGUACGCUCAUCCACAUUCUCAAGGAGAAGGACGCCACUAUCGGUUGUGCGUCCAUCUGCAACGGCGGCGGCGGUGCUGGCGCCAUGAUCAUCGAGCGCUUGAACUAGAUCAAAGGCAAGCAGUAAGCAACUCAAAUGUCAUUGUUAACCCGUAAAUGCCCCCACUAUACUACACAGCCAGUUGCACUCAAAACCGUUGCAGUCACCGCAGCGUCGCGAAGAUUUCCUGCAAGUUCUUUCGCAGUAGAAAGCGCUGAUCUUCUGUCAGUUCAUGUGCAUCGCACAUGGUCUCCACAAACGACUCGAUCUGUGUGAGCGGCACCUCGAACUCCAGCAUACUCAAUGUAAAUGAGCCUAGUUGACCAAAUACGAUGUUGUGCACACGGCAUACAGCCUCUUCGCGUGACGGCAGGCCUAUACCAUGACAGUUAGUGCUCAGUGUAUCCAGCUUUGGUGGCAAAUGGAGACUUACCAUCGUGCUUGGGUACACCACUUGGGAGCUCUUCCCAUGGACAUGGCUGUGGUGUUCGCUGUAGUUCCUCACCAAUCGCCAACAGAAGAGCUUUUUCCCAGAACUAUGAAGCACAGAGAGCGUUAGAAGGCCGACGUGAUCCCAUUGACUAGUGGGAUGGUACUCACCGAAGGUGUCUUCCAGAUUGCAUGCUUUUUUACUUCUUCUUGUAGAUAUGUCCUUGUGGCGCCGCGUCCGAUGCCUCCUCCAUGAAGCAGAGGGUGGGUUUCAUCGACAUAUUGCAGUAAUUCCUCGCUUGUACGUUCAGUGUAGUCUCUGCAAUCCGC